AUGUCGUCAUUACCCAAAUUUACAUUUCCAGAAACUCUAGGUGGUCGUCAUGGGACCACUUCACCUACUCCACAGUCUCCACCUACUUCCCCCAGCUCAGCACGAGCUCCCACAAGUAAGCAAUGUAUCUUCGUCGUACAAGCCUACCUCUGCUUUCACCACCCCAAGCUCUCCGCUCCACACCUCCUCCACCGCUCUCCCUGUCCACAAGCCCUACUCCCUCCUGCUCAACAAGUCAGAUGCGAAAACUAUUUCCGUCGUGAUGGAGAACUACUCCAAGUAGUACGCUACGACAAAGAACGCGGUUGCAUGGAAUGUAAAGCCGAAGCACGAACACGCCGCGAUCAGGAAGCUGCCGAUCAUGUGGAGAUUAUUGAGAAGAUGAGGAGAUUGGGUUUGGAGAGUGAGGCUGAGAAGCAAGUCAUCAAGUUCGAAGGAAAAGCCACGAUCGCAGCACAAAAUCCAACUACGAAGAGUAAGAACAUCGAUCUCGGAAAGAAGUCUGUCACCGUGGAAAAUAGAAAAUACCUCACACCAACCAAGCCCAAGAUCAAGGUCAAACAAGAAAAAUCCACUCUUCCAAAUCCAACUCCAACUCAGCCAAAAGACAAAUCCGAUAGUGACACUGAUGAUAGUUGGGAUUUGGCCAAGGAAAAAGAGAAGAAAUGGGGAGAGGUAGCACUUGCACCUGGAGAGACUACUGCGGGUCGGGAUGCGUGGGUUGUUAUUGGGAGUUGGGGAGAGGAUGAAGAGGAUUGGCAUAAACUGUAG